AUGCUGGCAAGCGCUUACGCGGAGGCCAUUGCAAAGGAGCAGAAGCGCACGUCGAUUUUGGACGCGGUGGUGGACGAGUCGCAUCUGAAACGGUACGAGACGCUGUACUCGCUCGAGGGGCUGGACGCGAUCGAGCAGCAAGACGCCUACAUCAGAAGGAAGUUUUUCAAAAGCACGGCCACUGGGACCAACGAAUACGGGGCCGACGUGACGGACAGCGCGCAGCACAUUUACUGGGAUACGAUGAACAAGAAAAAGAGAAAAGUCCGUGCGGCGUUGCUGGCCGGAGGUGGUGAGGAGGAGGGCGACGAUGAGGAGGAAGAACGGGAAGAAGGGGAAGAAGAGGAAGAAGGGGAAGAAGAAGAAGAAGAAGGGGAAGAUGAGGGGGAAGCGGGUAAUGAGUUUGGUGACGAGGAGGAAGGAGAGGAAGGAAUGGUGGAUUAUCAAUAG